GGGGGGAUAAGAGGGCAGCGUCCCUGAGGCGCCGGCCAGCUCCUGCUCCGCCGCCCCUUUCAAACUUUGCCCGUGGGCACAGGGGGAGCCUCAGGAGAGCCCCGGGGACCCUGGGCAGGGCAGCGGGGCUCUGCUAGGCCUCUCCCCGGGGCUGCGGGCCCCGCCGGGGCCUCGGGGGUUAACCGGGGAGCUGCGGCGGGGAGGUGGCUCCGCCUCCCCGCUCAGCACCUGGCGCUCCACCGACACUUGCCUCAGCAGUCGAUUUCGGAGGGGAUUGGCGGAAAAAAAAAAAAAAAAAAAAAAAAAAAAAAACACCGAGAGAGGGGGAGAGAAAUGUGACAACUGCCGGGGCUGGCGGCUGCCGCGGGGAGGCCUCCGCACCUGUGCCUGCCUCUCCGCCGCCCGGCGCAGUUGUGGGAUCCGGCGAGCCCCCGCCACAUCCUUCCCUCCACGACCGCCGCGGCGAGCCCCGGAGCCCAGCAUGACUUCUUCGUUCAAGCUGGAUUUCCUUCCGGAGAUGAUGGUCGACGGCCGCUUGCUGGUCUCUGACAGAAUUAACGGCACAGCUAACAAGAUGAAUGGAGCUUUGGAUCAUUCAGACCAACCAGACCCAGAUGCCAUUAAGAUGUUUGUUGGACAGAUUCCCCGUUCAUGGUCGGAAAAAGAGUUAAAAGAACUUUUUGAGCCUUACGGAGCUGUCUACCAGAUUAAUGUUCUCCGAGACAGAAGUCAGAACCCUCCCCAAAGUAAAGGUUGUUGUUUCGUAACAUUUUAUACAAGAAAAGCUGCUCUUGAGGCACAGAAUGCACUGCACAAUAUUAAAACUUUACCUGGGAUGCAUCAUCCUAUUCAGAUGAAACCCGCAGACAGUGAAAAGUCCAAUGCUGUGGAAGACAGAAAAUUGUUCAUAGGAAUGGUUUCGAAGAAGUGUAAUGAGAAUGAUAUCAGGGUGAUGUUUUCUCCGUUCGGCCAGAUAGAAGAAUGCCGAAUCCUUCGGGGACCUGAUGGGCUGAGCAGAGGCUGUGCGUUUGUCACAUUUUCUACAAGGGCAAUGGCACAGAAUGCAAUCAAAGCCAUGCACCAGUCUCAGACCAUGGAGGGCUGCUCUUCGCCAAUCGUGGUGAAGUUUGCUGACACCCAAAAGGACAAGGAGCAGCGGCGUUUGCAGCAGCAGUUGGCACAGCAGAUGCAACAGCUCAAUACUGCCACUUGGGGAAACCUCACAGGUCUUGGAGGACUCACACCACAAUAUCUAGCUCUUCUGCAGCAAGCAACUUCCUCCAGUAACUUGGGUGCCUUCAGCGGCAUUCAGCAAAUGGCCGGCAUGAACGCUUUACAAUUACAGAAUUUGGCAACUUUAGCAGCUGCAGCAGCCGCCGCCCAAACCUCAGCUACCACCACCAAUGCAAAUCCUCUCUCCACAACGACUGGUGCUCUGGGAGCCCUCACAAGUCCUGUGGCUGCAUCAACUGCUAAUUCCACAGCUGGUGCGGCCAUGAAUUCUUUGACUUCUCUGGGUACUCUCCAAGGACUGGCUGGAGCCACUGUUGGACUGAAUAAUAUUAAUGCACUAGCAGGUACCGUAAACAUUGCUCAAAUGCUCUCAGGUAUGGCGGCCCUGAACGGAGGACUCGGCGCAACAGGCUUGACGAACGGUACGGCCGGCACAAUGGACGCACUCACCCAGGCCUACUCAGGAAUCCAGCAGUACGCUGCGGCCGCGCUGCCCACCUUGUACAGCCAGAGCUUGUUGCAGCAACAAAGCGCCGCGGGCAGCCAGAAGGAAGGUCCAGAAGGGGCAAACCUCUUUAUUUACCACCUCCCCCAGGAGUUUGGAGACCAGGACAUUCUGCAGAUGUUCAUGCCUUUUGGAAAUGUUAUCUCUGCUAAAGUCUUCAUUGACAAACAGACCAAUCUGAGCAAGUGCUUUGGUUUUGUUAGCUAUGACAAUCCAGUCUCUGCACAAGCUGCUAUCCAGGCUAUGAACGGCUUUCAGAUUGGCAUGAAACGCUUGAAGGUUCAGCUGAAACGCUCCAAAAAUGACAGCAAACCUUACUGAUCUUAACCCCAGAUGCUUACUGCUCUUAUUUUAGCUUUCUUAGGGUAAGUCCCAUGAGCAAACCUGUCCUCUGCAGGGGGGUUAAGAGAGAACAUAUAGCCAACCUUCACCAAGAGACAGUUAUUUUUACAGUUACCACUUCCAUUUCCCCACUUGUCCUUACUACACUUGGCUCCCAUUUCCUUGCCAAGUAAUUACUGAGUUGUGUUACUGUAUUUUGUUUUGCAGCAUAAUUUAUCUCCUUUUUAAUAAAUAAAUGUCUUGAAAUUCAAAGCAACACACACACACACACACACACACACAAAAAAAAAAAAAAAAUGUGCAAUUUAACUCUGUGAACCCUGGUGCCAUUAGCACACAAUAAAAGUUGUUUUCUAUGGUUGGAUCCUAUUUUACCAGGGUGGCACCAGCAGUUUAUAGGUUAAAGAAAAUGGCCUCAUGCCAGUUAAAGCACUUAUUUUGCAACAAGAAAAUUGAAACAAGUCUUUCCACUACAUCAACGUGUUUUUUGAGAAGAUUUGAUUUUUUUUUUCAGUUCAAAACAAUGUGUUGUUAUAUAUUAGUCUGAUUUUACACUGGUCGUCUUUAUAUUUCACUUUUUUUUAGUUCUUGUUUUUUUGGAAAGGAUUAAUGUAAAAAAGAUUUAGAGAUCUGUUUCUAAAGCUACAGGGUUUAAAAUAAAAAUAAAAUAAAAUAAAAUGAGUGACAAUACUUGAUGUUUCUUGAGAGAUAAAUUUAAUAAUAAUAAAAAAAGAAAGCCACAGGCCUGUAAAUUUUAUUUGUAAAAAGCAUUUCUAUUUUUAUACAAAAUUUUUACUGCCUCAGAAAUAAUGGAAGUUAUUUAUUGCCUAUUGUUAACUUAUUGGAUACCUAAAGAGCAGCUCUCUAUGCUAGCUAGAUCCUUUGAAGUAGUCUCUAGAGUAAUUGUGCCAAGAAUGGGCGCUUUUUCACUGUUGAACCCUACACCCUUUACAGUUCAUGCUUUUAUCCUCUUGUUUGUAUUUGUCUGGUUAUUUUGUUCGUAGUUUCCAUUACCUAGUUUAAAGUUCAGUUGUCUGACCUUUUUUUCCCUCCCCGUACCUUUAUGUUACAUUUGUAGAAACUGGUUCUUUCCUCUCUUUUCUCCCCAAAGACGAAUCCAUUCUCUCUGACUCCUUUCAGAUGGAUUCUUUUGGGGUUCCAUUGUGCUGUUGUUGACAAGUAUUGUAAGUUAAUGCAAAUUAUGUGAACAGCUCAUAGACUCUACUGACAAAAGAUUUGCAUUAGUUUUCUCCUGCACCCAUAAAAGUGAUUUUGUUUGUGCUGCAUAGAUUCUAUGUAACUUUUUUCCUCUUCCUUGUUUUUUCCCUAGACAUCUCCAUGCCCGUUAGCCCAUCGUUUGCCUAGCAUGUCCCUGUGGCGUCUCAAAAAAAAAAAAAAAAAAAAAAAGUUUCAUCGUCCCGUCAUUGUUUCUGAUGUCUUUCUGACCUCACAUCAUAUUUGGUUCUCCUACUGACCUUUGAUCUAGUUUGACCUUUGAAAUUUGCAUGUGACCUCAUCUAGCUAUGAAUUCUGGGAAGUCAAUGUGAAAAAACAUUGCUGCAUUCAUGCAAGACUGAAAUUUAUUAUUAGAUAAAUUAAUGAUAGGAUUUAAAAACAACCUGUGGCAAAAUGUUUUUUCUUUCUUUCCUUUUUUGGUUUUCUUUUUUCCUUUGUUCUAUUUUUUUUUUCAUUUCGUAAAAAAAAAAAUAAAAAAAAAAAACAGACUUGAAAGUAUUAUACAGGGAUUGGCAUUCUGCCUGGUCACUGGUGACAAUAGCAAUAUGUGUCCAGAGGCACAGAAUGUUGGUUUCUAACAGACUACUUCCAAAACAGUUUGAGAAAUAAAACUGUCUGAUUUUAAGUCUCUAGAGGUCUGUAAUAGUUUUUACAUUUUUCAGGCAGUGUAAAGUUUUUUGAUAAGGCCAUUUUAGGUGGCUCACUUUCUCAUUAAAGUAUAUAUAUAGAACCACUUUUUGUAGAUUAGUAUAAGAAAAUAUUUACCCUGUUUUAGGGCAAAUGCUACCUACUUGUGUCACCUUUUGCUGAACUGACUCACAGUUAGACAAUCCAUGGUUUAAUGCACAUGAAAUUACCUAUAUUUUAUACUGUUUCAAUGUACAGAAGAAAGGUUACUGUAAAAUGUGUUACGUUGGUGCUUCUGUGAAUUAAGUUGUGGUUUCAUCAUGAGUCUUAUGGUCUUAAGUGUUCUAUGUUUAUAAAGACAAGUUUAAAAUUGGUUUACUUGAAGAACAAGAACAUAAACAAGAUUCUAAAAAAAAAGAAAAAAAAAAAGUUGUUUGCUUAAAAAAAAUGAAUUUCAUGUGAAAAAUUAAAAAAUAUUCCAGAAUAAGUUUGUGUUGGCUUGUGACGCAUUGAUGUCAUUUUUUUAUUGUGAACAAUUUAGAUGUGUUUGUGUUCAGCAAAAUGUGAUCGGUUUUUCUUUUAAAGAAAAAAAAAUCAGUGAAACUAUAGUGCCAAAUUCCAAAGGUACUUUCUUCCUAGAGCUUCAGUGUGUUUCUUGUGUGAAGUAAUUUGAUAACAUGGGUAUUUUAUUAUGUGUUUUGUAUAAAUCCCUAAUAUUUAAAGAAAAAGAGGUUAAAAAGUUUGUUAACUUGCUAUCCUGUGGUCUUGUUGCCUGAAAUUGUUAUUGUUUGUUAUUUCUCUUUGAUGUUUUUUGUAAAACAUUGUAUAAGUGCCCAUGUUUCACUUUUUUAACCACUCUGCACACAUCAAUGCUGUGAAAGCAAACCUCACAAUGUAUUUUCUUCAUAUUGUAUGGAAACCUCUAAGGUGAGAAAGUUUUGAACUUUUAACCCUUUCCACCCAGAGCUGUCUUGAGUGUUAAUACCUUUUAUACAUUCACCAUUUUGCUGUUUAUUUUUAUAUAUAUAUCUAUAUCUAUAAAUAUAUAUAUACUUAGUUUUUUGUGGUUUAUUUAAUACAUGGUUGAAAUCAGAACAAUGCACAGGGCAGAUCUGAAGGACAAAAAUAUUUUACUGCUGUCUAAAUUUCUUCUGUAUCUAUAACUAAAAUUAUUUAAAACAGUAAUUAACUUGUGGUUUUCCUUUUUAGAUUUUGGGGAUUUUGUCUUUUCUUAAAGAGCUUUUAAUAUGCUGCUGGAAUAUGCUAUUCAGUAUUAAUAAAAUAAAAGAAAAAUAAAACAAUUCUUUAAUUAUCUAUUGUGUGAACCACUCCCAGAAAGGAGUGGUAAAUCCACCAUUUGAAAAUCGUGAGGAGAAAAAAAAAAUAUUUUUGUAAUUUAAAUAAAUGAACUUUUGCUUAAAUCAGAUGCACUAGAUCUUCCUGGGUGAAAAUUCAGCGUGCACUGCAGUUAAACUACUUUUUAUGGAUAAAGUUUACAUACACUGUAAUGUUUGGUGUUAUCUGCCAUUAUCUGUAACGGCAAUAUAUUGGCUUACUCCUGCAGACACUCGUAUAGAGAGGAGUAACUUUACUCAUACAAGUAGUCCAUGGGAAUACGUAUGUGACUGAUGUGGGUGUUUGCUGGAGGAAGCUGUGUGUAAGGAACCAGAAAAGAGAUGCUGGUAGCCCUUUCACUGCCUUGUAAGUCUGAUUAGAUCGCGUUUCUACCGCACAUGUAGUGACCAACAACCAAAUUUGGUUCUUUGCUACCGGUAUAGCAAAUUCAUUGCCAAUCCAAUGUGUGUGAGCAGCAGUACCUGCUACUGAUGAUAAAGUGCCAUACCUUCUUCCUAUUUCUGAUUAUAUUCGAAGCCACCUAAAAUUAAAAAUGAAGCCCUAUAUGAACAACAUCAGCUGGUGCACUCUUGUCUCUCAUCCCCAACUUAAAUGCUUCUUUAUGUAGAGCCCUGGGAUGGAAAGGACUAGCCUCUAGUGAUGCAAAAAAGUUUCCUUCUUAUAGCACAUGCACUUAUAAAUAAUUGAUCUAUACUUUUCUCACGUUUUUACUACUGCUGGGGCCUUCCUACACCCUUUGAGGGCUAUUUUGUACUACUUGCAGCAAUUUUGCAUAUUCAAAGUAUCAUCUCACGUACGUUAUAUUAUAUAUAUGUACAUAUAUAUAUAAUAUGAUAUCAUCAUUUGGAUUGUUUAGACUGUUUCACUAAUUUAUCCUCAUUGUACCCACCUUACAAAUUUCCAAAGCUUUUUUAGAUGCCCUAGUGUGUCCUGCGGGAUUACCAGUCCAGUGAGAGCGGUGAUGUCUUUGGUCAUCGGGCAGUGUAAUUUGGUAUCGGCCGCAGACCCGUGCGGUUGCCCCAAAUUACACUACACGAGACAUUUGGCUUUGCAGUGGGAGAAGAGGAACAGUUCAGGAUUUCCAGGCAACUGAGAUGGGUCCAUCUUGAAAUUUAUUUUUUAAAUCAAAUAUAAAAAUGAAAACCCAAACAUACACCUCCUUGGAGACAAAUUAUAUACCAGUUCUCUUUCAAAAUAUUGAAAGGAAAAAGCUGCAAGGGUGCAAGGGCCUAAUAAGAGAGGAAGAAAAACAAGGGAAAUUGCUUUACAAAAUUCUAAUCAAAAGACUAGACUAGUUGCUUUUUUUCAAACAAAUUAGCUAAUUGUGAUGAAAUGGCAGUCCUCAAAGGAGUAACAAGUUCAUCUUUCUUUCACCAUAGGGGUUACAGUUCCUUGGCUUGUGCUACUCUGGAAUCAUUUUACUGUUUCUGUUUUUAUUAUCUUAAGUGCUAAUUAACGAAAGGAAAAAAUAUCCUGUAGUUUCAUUACCUUUUUGGAUAAUGUCAUACAAAAAAAAAAAAGAAAAAGAAAAAAAAAAAGAAAAAAAAAGAAAAAAAACUAUGUAUUUGUGUUUUUUUUGUGCUGUGAGAAUUGUUGUUUGUAGAUUAAUAAUACUAUCAUUUUGUUUAGAAUUACAAACUAGUUUUUAAGUAUUGUCUGAGAAAAGCCAAAGUUAAUGCAAUCUAGUGGAAACUGUAAGACCAUUUGAGUAUUGUUUCUGUUUUAUUGAUGCAUUUGGAUUUUGUUGUUCGAUGGAAUUUGAGCCAAAAAAAAAAAAAAAAGAACAAGAAAAAAAAAAAAAAAAAAAGCAGGCUUUCCUAUUUCUACAACCUGACUGUACUUACGCAUUUUGUACCAGUGGAACUUUUUAUACUGGAGAUUAAAAACAAAUGGAAAUUUUUGUGGCUUACUCUUGUGGGCCCCCUCGAUCAUGACUGAUUUUCAAGUUUGAUUUCUGGAUGGUAGAAAGAGAGUUGGUUUUGUUUAGAGAAUUAAAAACUUUGGCUUGAUUUCUUUUUUUCCCUUUGCUUAUAUCUAGUGUUUAGAAUUUUGUCUUAACAAAAGCGGUAAGUUUCACUUUUUAUUCUGUAUCGUGCAGUUACACAAUAAGGUAAUUAGAAUUAGGAGUACUCGGUCACUUUGCGUGGAUAAAUGUAUUAGUUAAAACGUUAGGGGUUUGCUUUUUUGCUGUUUAGAUCAGAGUUUUUUCUGACUCUUCUGUCCUCAUUGUGAACAUAACCGUGUAGUUGAAACAGUCAGACUUAUUUUUGUAACGUAUGUUAUUGUGUGAUGCAGUUUUUUGCUUCUGUCUCCAAUAUUAAACCAUUUUCCUAAUACUUGUCUCUCUACUUUGUGUCUUGUAUUGUUGGUGGUCAUUAUGUGUUGGUAAUACAUCUACACACCUCACUGUUCCACGUUCCUGUUUUUUUUUUUUUUUUUUUUUUCUCUAUUUGUUGGUUGUGUACAAAAGAUACAGUCGAUUCCACCUAAGUGAAUAUCUGAUUGGGGGGCAAAAGAGGAUUUGUGCAUUUUAGACAUGUUACGGUUUCUUUGAUAUUUUUUUCUCUCUCCCUCCCCCUAGUCAUGCCUUAUCACUUGGAUAAUCUGUCUGGGCAGGAAGCAUUUUAAAUGAGUUUCCUGCAAAGUCAUAUGGAAGAUAGCUUUUGUUAGUCUUCUAACUGCAAAAGCUUAUGCACACAAACACACAGAGAAAUCAGAAGCCAUGUGAAAAGAUUUUUGCUGACAUUUCAGUCAGUCUGCAAAACGCGGAUUAUGGUGAUCAAUUCUUCCUAGUCGUUCAAAAAAUACUCUGCCGCUACUUCGCAGAAGCGUAUGAAACAUUCAAGAAAAUAUAGCCUUGGGAUUUCUUCCAGACUGCACAGUAAUAUGAUGGCAUAUGGUGUUAGUCAAACUCCUUAGAAACUAAUCACAGCCUAACUAGGGCUAUGAGAGCCUGCAAAAGCCUACCAGGUAAACGAGCUUGUUACGUGCAGUUAUACAUACAAUAAUUUAAAAAUAAAAUCCAAGUGAGCACAGGGAGAUCCUAUUAAAGCCAGUGGAAGAAUUAAAAAAGAGGAAAAAAAAGUAAGAAAAUAAAAGGAAACACGAAAAAGAAUCCCCUGUUGUUCAAAUGGGUGGUAUUUUGCUGUGGGUUUACAAAGCAGAUCGUUCUCAGCACUGGCUAAUAGUAUUACACAAAUCUCAAAAGGGACAAAAGAAAUACCAUAGCACUAUUUUUUUUAUUAUUUUUUUUUCCUAGAGUUGGCUUUUAGCUUUUUUGUUUUAUUUUUCCAUUUCCUAUUUUUUUUUUCCUCACAAGAAUCUCUCUGCUCUCCCCCGUAUCUACCACAAUGAACCAAAAGCCGCAAAAGAAAAAUAUCUAUGUUGUUCUGGUUUACAAAAGUCUCUUCUCUCCUCUGUCUGAUCACAGAUGCAAAGCUUACAAUUUGGAGAGGGGAAAACAAAACCAACAAAGCCAAAAACCAAACAAACA